UGAGAACUCAAGUUUACUAUUAUUCGUCCAACUGGACUCUUCAAGCUGCUUCGUUCUGUUAAACGUCGUGCUCAUCGUCAGUAACGGCGACGGUAAUCACCAACAACUAAUUCCAGCCUAAACUUGGUUUUAAGCGUCCUGCUAGUAAUCGCUGGACAGGUUGUACAUUUGAACAUCGUCUGAACUGCCGAAGGAUCUCCGACCUUUUUAUAAAGCCCUAACUCAGCUGCGCGCAUGCCUCGCCGCACUUCUACUCGCCUUACAUCCUCUGUCACUCCACAAGCACCUUCAGUCUCUUUUCAACUUCCUGCCUCCGAUGCAGAUCCCAAUAUCCUUCAGCUCAGGCGGCACUGGAAAUGGGCUGCUUUCAGCCAGUUCUUCUUCACAUUUAAUGCUCUCUUUGCCAUGAAUGACGUGACCUUGAUCGACAUUGAAAAUGACCUUGCAUACUCUACCAACCGCGUUUUGUCUCGCAUCAUGACAAGAUUGCUCGUCACGUUAACGCAGGACAGAAAAAUAUCCGUUGAUAACUGGCAAACUGCCCUCCGAAAGCAAUAUAUGAGACGCGACCCAGAAGCAAAUCCCAUAGGACCAAUUCAGCAAAUAUACACCAAUGUCGCAGAGUCCUCGCUCUCGCGUGCAUCCACAGCUCCCCCAUACCCACCUGAAACAGGAGAACAGUUGGCCCAAGAAGAAGCAAAUAAAAGCAUGGUGCAUGAAGAUGGAACGUCUGCUGACGGUGAUGCUGUCCCAGACGAUUCAGCAGAUGUGGUCGAGGUCAAGUCGGAGGAAACCAAGAUCGAUGAAUCGAAGGAUGAAGUUGCCGGGUCUUCUUCAGAGGCUUUACAGAACUCCGAGCAGCUACAGCAGCAAAUUGAUUGGCUCGACCUUCCUAUAGUGAAGAAACUGGAGUCCCUACACACUCUUAUGGAAUGGCAAUUUCAUAACCCUAAUCGUCUACGUACCCAGAUGAAAGACGACGACGAGAAUGCUGAAUGGCAUAUAGAGCCAAUAGGAUAUGAUGCCAAGAGUAAUGCCUACUGGCUCAUAGGUGCUGACCGUUUGUGGAUUCAACGUGAACCCCCACGUCAGACACUCAAACGCAAACGGCUCGCAAACCCUCACAUGUCGAAAUCCAGUGGCAAAAAGUCUUUUAACAAACGCCAGCGGGUCGACCCAGAACCAGAUCCCACACCUCCACCCACAACACCUGCCAGAGCGUCCCGUCGGCGCAAUCAAGCACUGGCCCUAAACUCCAGCCCGUCCGGUUCGCGCGGUACUCGCGCCGCCAAAUCACGUGCAAACAUGAAACUCGAUGCUCAGGCGAAGGACCUCGCUGAAUUCCAGCGUCAGAUGGCUCGGAGCAAGUCUACUAAUGCCAGACCUCUGACUCCACGCCGACCCUCUGGGAUCCGCGUGAGUGCGCGGCUGCGCGGCAACUUGGCAGACGAUGAGUGGCAAGAGGUUCCAGACGAAUGGCUUUCUCCUAGCGUGUAUGACGGAACAGAGAUAGAGGAGAAGACGCCGCCCAAAUCUAAGGCAAGGCUGAAAACGGGGCUUGAGAGCGAUGAAGACUCGGUCAGUGAUCUCACGGAGCUUAGCGAGGACGAUGAGACAAAUGAGGGGGAUGCCCAAGAAGAAGCCGAUCCAGAAGAGGAAUUAAAUGUCAAAGAUGAAGAGUCUGAAGCGGAAUCGAUACCGGUUCCGGAUAAACCAAACGGCAAGAUUGAUGUCGAUGAGGAAGACAAGGAACUUCCCGAAGGUUUCAUCGAGUGGGAGACGAUCUGUAUCACUCUCGAAGAGUGGGAGCACUUCCCAGAGCAAUUUGAGAAAGCCACUCACUAUGCUGAGAAGUCGCUGUAUAAGGUAUUGACGCAAAGCAUCGUCCCGGUAAUAACCGCUGAGCUGAGGGAGGUGGAGAAGAAGAAGCGCAAAGAAGAAGCGGUCGUACAUCGCAAACGUUCGUCUCGCAUUGCUAUCAAGGAAAGUGAGAAGGAGCAAGAAUUACUUGCUGCUAGGAAGCGUGCAGAGGAAGAUGAGAAGAUGAGUCGGGCUCGAAGGGCUGAAACGCGCCGACAGAAAGAGGAAGCGGACAGGAUUAAGAGGGAGAAUGCUAGAGAGCAACGCAGGAAGGAGCGAGAAGCCAAGCAAGCUGGGGAGCUUGAAGCUGACACCAGCGCCAACGCCCCUAUCGAUGUAGUGAGUCAAGAAUCUUUCUCAUCUGCCAUACCGCAUGGUCAGAUGGGCAAGUUUCCAAUAUUGUCUGUUCCUGUUCCCGUCAAUGGAUCAGGCGCUGCCAGCAGUGGAUCGCGGACACCAGCCGAAGACUGGGAGCUGGAUUGCGAGGUCUGCGGUAGACAAGGGAUCAACCGGGAUGACGGUGUUCCCAUCAUGUGCUGUGGUCGAUGUUUGAAGUGGCAGCAUAUUGGGUGCCAUGACCAACGAGACGUCACUGCAGGUCGCCCGAAACGUAAUUGGGAUGCUGAAGACUUCAUCUGCAGAAGAUGCCGCCUGUCGGAUUCUAGGGCUUCUUCGUUUAGCAGUAGCCAGUUGCCGACACCAACCGAUCUGAAAGCAGUGUACGGUUCAGUUGGAACGCAGCCCUACUAUAGCAGCCAGCAGAGUUACUCCCAUGACCGCUACCCCAAUGGAAGCUACUACGCUGGCGGCGCGACAAGUGGGAGAUACAGCUACGAACACCAGUCAGACAUAAGGUCAUCUGGCAUGCCUUCUCAGUCUUAUACUCAAGCUCCCCGUACACCUGGCGUCACCUUUGCUCAUUAUCAACCCCAGCAAGGAGGAUUUUCAACAUCACGUCCAUCUUACUCCAUUCCAGAGCCAGUGCCCAUAACCCAGCAGGCUCGCUAUCCGCAGCCUACAUCUCCAGCCACUGGAGUGAGUCAAUACCCCGGGUCCUUUCAGAACCAUCCAUCCCCCCACAUUCAAGUGCAGCCCCAACACCGGUGGCAACCAUCCAGCUAUUCUCGGAACGAUGCAUCUUACAGCAUGAACGCGGUUGUCGCGCCUUCUCCAUACACCUCACAACAGCAACCUUACUAUUCUGGAUCUUCCUCGAGCCCCUCAGUCCCGUUCUCUCAGAUGCAUGGUAUAAAUCAUCAAUCCGUGCCCCAGUAUUCCGGAUACCAACACGCCGCUCCUUACCAACAAAGUAGAUGAGUUCGUAUACGUACGCUAUUUUGCAGGGAACACUUUUUGAUUUAUCGCGAUAUUCGUAAGUGAUGGAUUGCGCGUGCAUAGUUAGUGGAG